CUCAAAGCCAGCGGUGUCCCAUGUACGGUACGCCGGGUGGGUUAGGAUACUUGCGCCGGACCAGCCUCAACACGCACUUCGGCAUGACCUCCCGAACCGAACCGGCCAUCACAAGUCGCCUGCGUGCUGGGGCUAGUGCCGCGUCCUGAGCCAUCCUGGCCUGCUUCCUCGCGAGGUACCGAGGGUCGUGCCAGGGAGAAGGCAUGAGGUUGGACAUCACACCCCAGAAGUUCUUGUACAUCUUUCUCCUGAUGGCGGCAUUCUCGGCACAGGCAGCUUGCCCUCGCAGCCACAUAGGUUCAGGAGAGGUGAUGCACGGACGACAGAAACAGUAAUGGCACUCAGCCUCUCCUUCUUCCUGUGGGAUGAGGGCAGCUGCCUGUGGGGGCUGAUCUUCUUGGUCCGCCACGGCUACUGGGGGCUGAUCUUCUAUGCCCGCCACGGCUAGUGGGGGCUGAUGUUCUCCCUCGUCGGCCGGCUCCGCCUGCCCGCCAUCGACCGGUGCCUCUUGGUCUGCCUCUUGGUGGUCCGAGUGCGGGCGCCCACUGUACACAACAGUGACUUCAUCCUCUAUCUGAGAGUGCAGAAUGAAGCCUAGUAUGUCUGACUCCCUGUCUGGUGUAAGACACAACAAGAGGUGUCUUCUCUCCGCCAUCGUUGAGAACACUACAGGACAGAGGAAUUUUGGCGCGAACAGGAAGUCAACAAGGAGUCUUCCGCUAUUUUGACCUUUCAAGAGAAGGUGUAAUAAAUGACACCAGAAACCUGGCAUGGACAAUGGUUUCCAAUCGUCGAGGUCACACAAACCAAUGUCAAAAUGUGUAUUUCAAGGAAAUAAAGAAGCUACAUUUUGUAAUCAUGAUUUUUUUCUAUUUAUUCCAUUAAAUUUCAAAUGACAGUAAUCAUACUUUCCAUUUUACUUAGAAAAAGUUACUUCCCAUAAUUCUUGGAGCUUAGCUGGAUACAAGAAAACGCGCCAAUUUUAGUUUUUGUCAUCAGUCAUACUGUUAGGUGGCUUCUCCUCGCGCCGGCAUCAAUUUUGACCAUGGCGGAGGGUGGCCAGGCGCCAAGGCCACCUCUAGUGCCCAUCAGCGGGAACUGUCCGCCUCCAACUCCAAGUACAAGAAAAAGGAAGCUUCUGACGGGAGGAACGUCAACCACACUCCGAAACCCUCGGAAAACCAUAGAAUGCCUAUUUCCGGGGACGCCGGACGAAGCCAGGGCUGAGAGGGCCGAGAUGGAAGCGAAGAUCAGCCAGGUAAAGGUGCUCCUUGGUGGUGCGAAUGACAUCACAACGAAGGACAUGAUUAUGGCCCUGUUGGACAGUUACUUGGCUGUAAACGAUCAUUCCACUGCGUCGGCCCCACUACCUCUGCCCAAGUAUCAGUCGAUUUCAGACCAAAACAGAGACCGGGAGGGGCAGAAACUUUUCAUUGCAGCGGAGGACUCCAUCCGAUACCUGAUACUCAACUUGCACGAGCACGCCCAGCAGUGCCGCGAACAGCAGAAAGUGCGGUCCCUCCUCCUUCGAGGCCACACGGGAAUCUUCACGAUGCGGUGCCGUAGAGGACACGGGUUUAUGUGGACUUCGUCUCCUCACAUCGGGAAACCGUUCCUUGUGAACUUGAGAAUGGCCCAUGGGUAUAUGUCUAGCGGCAUGUUACCCAAUCAGUACAAACGGCUGUGUGCCAAUGCAGGGAUUGGACAGAUCAGUGACGCCAAUCAAAGGAAGUCAAUGAUGCUGUAUGCAGACAUAGCGUCAGACCAAGCAAAGGCAUCCAUGAUGGACGCUAUCACUGAGGAAAUCGGGGAACAACCAGCCAAGCGACUGUCGAUUGUGACAGACGCCAGGCAUGCACAGAGGAAAAACUCAUACCGGUCUGACAUCAUGGCGCUUGGACAAAACAACCACAAGGUCGUCGCCUAUGCACCCAUCACUAAGCAGGACCUUCGAUCUAGCAAUCAGCACGAGGUGCUAGGCACAGAGCGCCUGUACAAGUAUUUUGAUGAACUCGGGCUCCAGAUCGUGGACCACGCCCACGAUCGCCAAGCUUCAGUCAACAAGAUCGUGAAGGACCGGCCACCCCUUGCAGAUGGCACCAGGACCACAAACAGCAAUGAUACCUGGCAUGCUACCAAGAACAUUCCCUCCAAAUUCAAGGAACUAACAAAAGGGGCGAGAUGGAAUGUCGGAAUAACAUGGCACCCGGAGCUGGUGGACAAAGCAGCAGCAGUGAAGACUCACUUCUAUUGGUCGAUGUCCAGGUGUGGUGGGAGUGAACAAGUCCUGAGAGACUCCCUGAUGAACAUUGUUGCCCACUACAGGAACCAGCAUGACAACUGCAGCCCUGAGUCAAGGUGCAGGACAGAUGACAGAUACCGUCCUACAAAGCUGAUCAUCCGGAAUGAGGGGGCCAUAGAACUGCUUACUAAGUUCAUACAGAAGCAUACUGUGUACAAGUGGCCGUGUGACUAUGUGUUGUGCAAAGACACCUUGUAUGUGGAGUCGUUCAAUAAUGCGUGCCUCCAAUAUUUGGAUAAGAGAAUAUUCUUCGGCACACUGAACUACGGACUAAGGAUGAACUUGGCCAUCCUUGACUGGAAUGAACAUGUUGACCGGCCGGCGACAUCAAGAUACCAGCGGUUCAGAGUUGCCAAUCCACGCCAGAACAAUGGAGGCAAGCGCGUCUUGGUGGCCAAGACGUACCGCUUCCUGCGGGAGCUCAUACAUACCUUCCUGGGGAGGGUGAGGACAGCAGGUGAUCUACCUGCCCUCCCGCCUGGGCGCCAGCCCAACCAGCGAGCAGCUGAUGGUGACAGGCUGCUGGAGGAUGACUAUUCCUCAGCUGAAGAAGAUGAGUAGGAAUUAUUCAGAAGAUCUGCGGACCGGUGUUUCUGCCAGUUUGGCUGCUGACCUGUCAACGUCAAAACCUAGCUAGUACUACAUGUAGUUGUUAGAUGUACCAUGUAUGAUGUAGGAUAAGUGAAGAAGUAUGUACUGAUCUAGACGUAUGGUCAAUGAUAUGUAGUCUACAUCAUGUUGUACAUGUCAAGUUAUGUUAUUGUAAGGAUGAUAGAUUUAACUCCUGCAAUAUUGCUCUCUAUGAAUCUUGACAAUGUCAAAACCUAGUACUACUUGUUAGAUGUUACCAUUUAUGACGUCAGCUCAUGAUCCUGGAUUAUUAAAUAAAGAAGUAUGUACAGA